CGCCCAGCUCGUCAUAGGUCCCAUCCACCAUUGGCCGAAAUUAGCGUCGCGACCUGGAGCCAGGGCAUCCGGCGAUUGGUCUUCUGGCUCAUUUCAGUAGCCGCCAAAUUUGACCAUUCCUUCGAGCCUCACGGGCACACCAUCACGACGCGGAAUCGAACUCAAAGAGUCAAGUGCCCUCCAUUCUCACCUCCUCCCAUUUGGCAACCUUCCACGUUGGCUGCUCAUCGUUGUUCAACCGAGUUGACGGUCUACGGCGCCUCAGAGACACUUCUUUCGAGACAGAGCAGGCAAGAGAGUGAACGAGUGCUCGGGGCCAAAUCGAAACCGCCCUUUUCACGUCUUCCUUCAACGUCGAGAUGCGUUGAGCAAGUCGAGAGAAACGGGCCUACAUGUGCUGGUGAAUGCCUGGCCAGUUGGCACAGCAACGAGCUCAUUACGAUGCUGACGGUGAGUAUCAGCGGUGGCUACUUGUUCGAAAGAAAACCAACUGCACCAUUUCAGCCUUUUGAGGUUCGGCGUAGGCAAGCAAAAUGUACUUUGUCAGCAGAAAAAUUCUCAAUUUGCGGCGAAUUUAACCGCCCUCCCAAUCGAAUUGGAGGGUCGACCCUCUGCCCUCGGAGGGAGUCGAGCCAAGUCGCCUUUGGCCCUGGUCGUUUGGCCACUCGACGAGUCGGCUUUCGCUGGUUCCUCCACUCGGCAUGUCCAAUUGCGUUGUCCCUCUUGCCUCCCAAUCGCGCCGGCCGAGCGGGCUCCAACGGGACUGUGAGAUUCAAAAAGACUUUAAAGCAGUCGACACUUUGUGGAAAACAGCCUGCUGAAAAGGAUUAA